GCCGCCACGAAGGAAUUAGAUAGCGGGAUGACAAAGUAGGCACCUGACUUCGGAGUUCAGUGGGGAACUUUCUAACAUCGCUAUCCUGCGUGUCUGUGGUAGGGCGUAAGAGAUGCCGACAAUACUCGUUAUUAUCUCUCGCCGCUGCUGUGAUCGUUUCGAGACGCCGAAUGUGCAACUCCACGCGGAGUUCAGAUUCCCUGUAAGCAAGCAGAAGUACAUGAUAUGUCAUUGAGGGGUCAGAGAGCUCCGUGCAGUCCACUCACUGCAUGUGAAGUAUACAUAAUCAGCUCGAACGCGAUUGCAUCUCACUGAUCCCAUCGCUCUCCAUCUUACGAACUUCUGAACAAAGUCAGUUGCUCACAAUGUCAACUUCCACCACGACACUUCAACCCAACAUCGCGAUCCACACGAAUCCCGAACACGAACUGCACAUCCUAGACCAGCCAGUUCCUGUGCCUAAACCCAACGAAUGCCUCAUCCACAUCCGCGCAACAGGAAUCUGCGGCUCAGAUGUGCAUUUCUGGAAACAUGGCAAGAUUGGAUCUUCCUUGAUCACCGGAUCUCAAGGUCUCGGACAUGAGAGUGCCGGAGAAGUCGUCGGCGUAGGGGAUGAAGUGAAGAACUUGAAGAUAGGCGACCGCGUCGCGCUCGAAUGCGGCAUCCCAUGCUCCAAACCAUCGUGCGACUUUUGCCGAACGGGACAAUACCACGGCUGUCCAGAAAAGGUCUUCUACUCUUCUCCGCCAGUCAAUGGUACUCUGCGACGAUACCAUUGUCACCCGGAAGCUUGGCUCCAUAAGCUGCCAGAUUCCUUGUCUUUCGAAGAAGGCGCUCUUCUAGAACCUCUGAGCGUGGCUCUUGCCGGGAUCGACCGCUCCGGAGUGAGAAUGGGCGAUCCGCUUGUGAUUUGUGGUGCUGGACCCAUUGGUAUUAUUGUUCUGUUGAGCGCUAAUGCUGCAGGCGCCGCACCAAUUGUCAUAACAGAUCUCGAUGAGAGUCGGCUCGCAUUCGCGAAGAAACUUGUGCCUCGGGUGAGAACUGUUCACGUGCAGAUGGGCGAGGAACCGCAGGCCGUUGGCGAGAACAUCAAGAAGGUGCUGGGGCAGGAGGCAAAGCUGGUGAUUGAAUGCACUGGUGUCGAGACCUCAAUCCACUCCGGCAUAUAUGCGUCCAGAUUCGGCGGAACAGUCUUCAUUAUCGGAGUUGGCAAAGACUUCCAGCAAAUCCCUUUCAUGCACGCUUCGUUUCGUGAGAUCGAUAUCAGGUUCCAAUACCAAUACCGGGAGACAUAUCCAAAGGCGAUCAUGCUUGUCUCAGAAGGACUGAUCGACUUGAAACCUUUGGUGACCCACCGAUACAAGUUGGAGCAAGCCGAAGAGGCUUUUGCCACGGCAUCGACACCUGCUGCAAAGGCUGUCAAGGUCCAGUUGCUGGAUGGCUGAUAAAUGCCAGCACCUUCAAAUAUCGAUCAAGCAGACAUCAUUUUCAAAUCCCGAAUGCAUUCCGGUUUCCACAAUCAAGU